AUGACUGAUAGGGCACAGUAUUUUAGUUUGAACAGAAUUCUGCUCGUCACUGUAGGCUUGUGGCCUUAUGAGCAAUCAAAAUUUGACCGACUUUGGUUUAUUUUCCUCUUUAGUAUUCUGACGACUUCUAUUUUAUUUCAAGUGAAAAAUUUAUUGACACAAUUUCAACAUAUACACGAUCAUCUGAAAAAUAAAUAUGAAUACGCUAUCAUUGAAAAAUAUAGCUACGAUGCAAAACGUUAUACAACUGGUAUAAUUAUUCUUGUUGGCAUACAAUGUACAUUCAAUAUAACUGGUGCCAUUUUGCAAACAAACGUAUCUCAACCACGUCGUCUACCGAUUACGACAGAGUAUUUUGUUGAUCAAGACAAAUAUUUCUUUUUAAUGCUAGUGCAUUUAAAUACAGCACUUUGCAUUGGAAUAGGUGCAAUGGUGUCAACCGGAGCAAUGCUUAUUGCAUAUCUUACACACAUGUGUGGACUAUUUAAAAUCGCUAGUUAUCGCAUUGAACACGCAAUGAGAGUCAGUAUGUUAGAAAAUAUUACUCCAGAGAAGAAUAUAUUGAUAUUAAAAGAAAUAAAAUGUGCCGUAGAUAUCCAUCGGCAAGCAAUGAAAUUAUCCAAAUUUUUGGUAUCCAAAUUUGAAGCAAUGUUGUUCUGUUUAAUAACAACAGGAGUAACAUCAUUGAGCCUUAAUCUGCUUCAGAUUUUUCGACUAAUGUCGAGUGGAGCUAAUAUUGAUGAAAUUUUCAAUCCCUCUUUAUUUACACUUGUCAGUGUUAUAUAUAUGUUCUGCGCCAACUAUAUGGGGCAACAUUUAACAGAUCAUAAUAAACAUAUAUUUGUUGCUGCGUACAACGUCCAGUGGUACAUAGCUCCAUUACGUAUACAAAGAUUGAUACUAUUUCUAUUGCAGAGAAAUGCUCAGGAAUUUACUGUAGGUGUUGGUGGAUUAUUUACUGGAUCGUUAGAGUGUUUCGCUACGUUGGUGAAAGCUUCGGUCUCUUACUUUACUGUCAUAUAUUCAACGCAAUAAUAAGAUAAG